GGGAAGAAGGAGGAUAAUUUUGAUAACUAGGAGGCGAGCGUCAAUAAUUAUGUGUAUUUACAACACAUCCUGACUGAGGAACAAGUCCUUGUCGCCUUCCAGGCCCUCAAAGAUGAAGCGACCAGCUUUGCCAGAUCCCUUGAGCGCACAACCAGUUGUGAAAACAACCUGGUUGCAUAUUCUAAGAUCACCCCCCUUCCUCAAUUCUUCAAACUCCUAAGGGAGAGAUUUGCUGACCCAACGAGAGGCGUUAGAGCCUCUGACAAGUUACAGACGAUCCAAUCACGACAGUGGAGUGCAAGAGCACUCAAGGGCGUCAUGGCCGACUUGGUAGCCGUCCCACACCAUGGGGGCACUGAGCCCCAGUUGGCCCAGCUGUUUUAUCGUGCUAUGCCAGAGCCCUUGAGGGGGCAUCUCUUUGACAAAUCUCAACAGGACGACAUCACGUAUGAUGUGCUGAGUAGAGAGGCGGUCCUGUUCGAGUCGAAGUCCAUGUCAGUGUCCACUUUUUGGCAUAAGGACUUGGAUAAGGGGAAGAAGUGGAAAGGUCGUACCAUCUCUGGCCAAGUCAGGGUCAAGGAUCAUAUGAUCCUUACUUUAGAGGAAGGUGGUACAGACGAGGUCCAAUAUAGUCAGAUUGAGUGGGGCCUCGAGGAGGAGGACAGCAGCGUAGGACAAGGGAGGUCCUAUGCGGCUGUCGCGGCUGGAGGGAGGCCGCAAGGUAGAGGAGGAGGCCAGGGCCAAAGGGGUCAGGCCACGGGAGGCCGAGGACCGGGCGCACAGGGGGUUGGCGGACAAGGUCUGUGCCUAGCUAGCUGUCCAGAGACUGCUUGUGUUAGCGUCUCUCUAGGCACGUCCCUCACAGACGUGGCAGAAGAAUUGAAGGAGAGGAUGCCAGCCUGGGCCAAGAUGAAGAAGGAGAGUAAGGGACAACUAAUUUUAGUCGAUGUAGAAGUGUUUAGAAGCAGAGUAGGGGCCCUUAUAGACUCAGGGGCCACCCGCAGUUACAUUAGUCCUAGGGCGCUGAAGAAGCUGAGGCUAGGAUUAAAAGUCCAGAAGUUGGCAGACCCCAUAGUCAGUGUUCUCGCAGACAACCGCACGAUGCGAGUUGAGGACUACGUAGAGGGAGUCCAGGCGUACUUUCGCCUAGAGAAAGAUGGGAAGGUGGAGAAAGUUCUCCAUUCCCUGACUCUCCUCGUACAGGACGACCUUCCUUUUGAUAUCGUGUUAGGAAUGGAUUGGGGAGAGGCAGCAGGGGCCACACUCCACUUGAGAGAGCAUGAGUGUAGGCUCCCUAGUCCGUCAGGCGAGGUUAAGACUGCCCGCAUGUUUCAUGUGUCAGGUGUAGACAACGCCUUGGCACAUUGCUGUCUCAGUGCUCCCGCGUUCGCGCGACUAGUGAAAAAGGAGCAGUUGGAGGAUCAGGUCUUUGUAGUUUAUGUCAAACUUGUCACUGGGGCUAAGGAAGAAGUGAGUUCCACAGAUCUAGCCAUAGCCAAGCUGCUGGAAGAGUUCAAAGACUUAUCUAAGCCGCCGACAGGAGUAGUGUUGCGGCCGAUCCAACACAGGAUAGAGAUAGAGCCUGGCAGUAGAGCUCCUAAGGGAGCAGUCUACGUGAUGUCCCCUAGAGAGUUAGAGGAGUUGCGCAAGCAGUUAGACAAACUCCUCGAGAAAGUGGCAGAUCCGUCUUUGCCAUUUGUCGUCACCACGGACGCGAGUCAAUAUGGUAUAGGCGCCGUGUUACAGCAAGACAACGGCAAUGGCUACAGACCCGUAGAGUUCAUGUCAACGAGGAUGCCCUCUGAGAAGGUUGCUACCUCGACGUACGAGAGAGAACUCUACUCUCUCAGGCAGGCCUUAGAGCACUGGAAGCAUUACCCGCUUGGGAGGCACUUCAAAGUGUAUUCUGACCAUGAGACGCUUAGAUGGUUGAAGACACAAACCAAGAUGACACCUAAGUUGACUAGGUGGGCCGCUGAGAUAGACCAAUAUGACUUCGAGCUCAAGCCGGUGAAGGGCAAGUACAACGUAGUUGCGGAUGCUCUGAGUAGGAGAUCGGACUACUUUGGAGCGAUAGUUUACUAUCUGGACAUAGGGAGUGACCUGCAAGAGAAAGUUAGGCAAGCGUACGCGCAUGACCCUAUCUAUAGCGACCUCCUCAAGAGAGUUAAGGAGGCCCCAGAGACUGAGCCAGAUUACCGCACUACAGAGGGUUUGCUAUUCGAGAAGACUAAUGUAUUCGACCGCCUAUGCGUUCCCAACAAUGAGGAGAUCCGCAGUCUGAUCUUAGGGGAAUGCCACGAUACAGAGGGACACUUCAGUUGGCAGAAGACAUUAGCCAACCUUAUGCACGCGUAUACAUGGCCAGGAAUGAAAAAGGACUGCAUAGAGUAUGUCUACAGUUGUAAAGUCUGUCAGAGGAACAAGACCACAAUGCGUGCCCCUAUAGGUCUUCUCAGACCUUUGCCCAUUCCAGACCAGCCAGGAGAUUCAGUCUCCAUUGACUUCAUGGAUGUCGGUGUCAAGAGUAGACACAGCAAGAGCCAAGUCAUGGUCGUAGUUGAUAGAUUUAGUAAGUAUGUUAUUUUUGUCCCUUUGCCUGCAGAGGCACGCACAGAGUUAGUGAUACAGAAGUUCUUUGAUUUUUGGGUUAAUGAACAUGGAGUCCCGUUGUCAAUAGUCGGUGAUAGAGAUAGUCGUUUCACUAGCCAGAACUGGCAGGAGCGGAUGCGAGUCUAUGGAUCAAAGUUAUUGAUGUCGUCUGGCCGCCAUCCAAAGACCAACGGUCAGACAGAGCAGAUGAACAAGAUCGUGCAGCAAGUUUUGCGCAUGUACAUUAGACCCGAUCAGAUCAACUGGGACGAGAUGUUACCCAAGGUAGCUAGUGCAUACAAUAACAACGUACAUUUGUCCACCUAUCGCACUCCCAAUGAGCUGCACAAGUCCUUUAGACCGCGCAGACCGUUUGAAGGGCUUAACCGGGAUCAGUUUCACAGGCUACCGCCCGGUACUAGGGAGUUCACAAUACAGCACGAGAAAGAGAUAGUGACUGUUGUUGGGAACCUCACGAAGGCCCAGCACCGCAUGAUAGAACAAGCUAAUAAGCAUCGUCGCCCAUCGCAGUUUCAGGUAGGUGACCUGGUAUGGGUCAAGUCUAAAGAGUUUGCACCCGAGGAGAACAUCUCACAGAAGCAAGGGCAAACAGGGAAACUGAGCACCGCCGGGAGUGACUCGGCGACACUCUCGACGCCUCCGGAACCGGUCUCUUCGCGAGUGACCGGCCCUCAUUCCGAGGCGCAUGCGGAAGUCGAUAGUCCUCCUCUUCUAUAUUCUUUUGAGCACUAUGCUGCCUGGCUCGUUCCUACGCUGGGUACUCGAGCUCAAGGACAAAACGUGUGUGCGGCAUCUUCUCCGUCCGGCAGCGGCGACUUAUCGUCUUCAAGUGGUUCUUCACGGGAUUCGGCGCGUGAGUUCAACAUAGAGGUAUUGGACCCGCUCACGUCCGAGGAUUUCGCAUGGCUGCCUCUCCCGACCACGGGCUGCUUGCCGGGACCGCAAUGCGCAGCACUAUGCGCUCAUCUCCACACGUACUUAUCCUUCUAUGCACCACCAACUUCGCCGACGGAUGACGAAGUCGCGGUGGGGGACAUCCUUGCGUAUACUACCAAGGUGGCCCGCAAGUUCCGCACGCAGCGGUACGAUGACGACAACGCACCGCUCAUGUAUGUUCGCAUCCAGGUUGGGCAAGCGUCCUGCAGCGCUUUGCUGGAUAGCGGCGCGUCUCGCAAUUUCAUGAGCCAAGCCUUUAUGCAAAGGGCUGGCCUUGGCGCACAAGUUCGGAGGAAGGCAAAGUCGACGGCGAUCAAGUUGGCGGAUGGAAAGACGCAGCAACUUCUCGACCGUUACAUCGAGGCCGUACCGGUUUAUUUCGCACCUCAUGCACGCGAACCGGUGACGUUCGACAUUCUCGACACGGACUUUGACAUCAUUUUGGGAAUGCCUUGGCUUGCAAGUGCGGAUCACACGGCCAUGCUGGAUGCAGCAGAAGAGAACGAGAGACCGUUCUUCCAAAAGCUUUAUGACGAUGCCGUGCAGAGGGAAAGGGAGGCAAAGGCAGCAGCCAGAGCCACCAGCAUUGCUGAUCAGGUGGCCCUCCUUCAGGUCCCGGAAGCGAACGCUGACCGGUUCCAGGAGAAGCUAGCUGCUGCCGUAGCAACCUUGGUUCGACUGCGGAACUUAGAAGACCUUGAGUCCCGUGUAACAGCACUUGAGCAGCGGAACCAAGAGUUGCAGGUUGAGAUAAUCAGCCUUAAACAAUCCCAACUGUCUGCCCCCCGCCCUCCUAACCCUCGACCUGCUGCAGACCCAGUCCCUCAAUCUAACACAGUCCUCAUGGCAAGAGCAAGUGGAACUGUGACGAGCGCAGGAACCGGUGCCAGCUCCUUAAGCGGCAGCGCCGACAGUUCUGCACUAUUCAUAGUCCCAAAUGCAUGGACAUCAGCCCAAAACCCCACAGUCCUUACUGGCGUUCAGUACAGCGGUCCCGUAGUGGACAAGCGGGCGGCCACCUUGCCGUCCAAGUACGACGGGAAAGCAGAUAUCACCUCUUGGAUUAGUUCCAUGCGCUCAUACUUCGAGGUCUUGAGGACACCGCAGGAAGACCGAAGCAUGAUCAUGGACACUAAUACCGAGCCCGCCGUACGGAAUGACAUUGAGCUCCAAGCUGUAGCUGCAGGUUAUGAAAGAAUUGACCUGACUGAGUGGCUGAAGGCAAAGGGCGUAGAGGAGUCAUCAACACUCCCUACAACAAGGGAAGCUGGAACGUUAGUUGCAGGCCCCUCCGAUGAGCCUGAAUCUGAUCAACAACCUACUCUUGAAGCCCGGAACGACGCUGAAACCAAGGCUGCUGCAGUUCAUGUGCUAUAUGCUGAGCCUUGGGAGGAGUCUAAGGAAGUUGACUUCCACGCUCACCUGGAAUAUUGGCUGCAGCUCAAGCAGCAACGCCGUGUUCAAGGGAGUGUGGAGCUAACCCUCUUUAAACUGCUCAUUAACCGCCGAUACAUCCGCGUGCUGAUUAAUAGUGGUUCAACCACUAAUUUCUUUUCUCCUAACGGGAUUCGUAAGGCGGGCCUGGGAAUGAAGCGAGUGGAACUGCAGAACCCUUGCCGAACCCAGGUGGGCAGCCAAGAGGUUGUCACCUCCACACAUGCUGUCAAAGGUGUGCGCGUCACCUUUGACAAGGACCGCACUGUCACACAUGAGCUCAACUUUUAUGUCAUGGACAAGUGUCCGUUCGACGCGGUCAUUGGCUUGGGUUGGUUAAAGGCUCAUUGCCUAAGGACCACGUGGGCGGACAAUCAGUUCGUGGUGCGUGACGCCAAGGGGAACGAGCGUACCGUCUUAUUGGAUGAGGCGCCCGAGUCCCCUGUGACUCUUCUAAGUGCAAACAAAUUCUGCAAAUCAGUGUGCAGGCGCAAGGAGGUUGAGCAUGUACAUAUAGCCUUUGUAAAGCCUCUCCAUGUGCCUUCUACUUUUGCUGCAUUUUCUACCUCGGUAAGUAACUCUACUUCUACCACCUCUACUUCUAAUCCAUCUACUUCUACUGGGAAUAAUCCCUCUACUUCUGAUCCAAGUACUUCUAAUCCGGUUGUAAUUGCUGUAAAUUCUCAAUCUAAUUUUCUUUCUCCUGAUGAGGAUGAUCAUCCACCAGAAGUCCCAACAAACAUUCGCCAGCUAUUAGAUCGAUUCCCUGAAGUUCCGGUCGAACCUCGUGGAGUUCCCGAGCAUCCGGUCAAACACAAGAUCGAGAUAAUAGACGGGAGUGUUCCUCCAAAGGGUUGCGUCUACCGUAUGGGACAAGGCGAGUUGGAGGAGUUGAGGAGGCAGAUUGAUGACAUGAUCGAUCGUGGAUGGAUUAGGCCUAGUGAGUCUGAGUUCGGUGCACCUGUCCUGUUUGUGCCGAAGAAAGGAGGCAAACUCCGAAUGUGCAUUGACGAUCGUGGCCUAAAUCGUAUCCCCCGAAAGAACGCGUAUCCAUUGCCUCGUAUAGAUGAUCUGCUAGAUGCUGCAGGUGGGUGCAAGGUCUUCUCCAAGAUCAACCUCAAAUCUGGCUACCACCAGAUUGAAGUUGAUAAGAGUGACCAACACAAAAUUGCAUUCAAGACACGCGAUGGGCUGUACGAAUUCAUCGUUAUGCCCUUCGGUCUUACGAAUGCACCAGCCACAUUUCAGAGCCUCAUGGACAAGGUACUCCGCCAUCAGCUCAACAGGUUUGUGGUUGUGUACCUUGAUGAUAUUCUGAUUUUCAGCAAGUGCAUGGAAGAGCACCUCAAGCACCUUGAGGUCUUGCAGGUCCUCAAGGAGGCACAACUGCACCUCAACUUAGAGAAAUAUGAGUUCGGAAGGGACAGCGUCAUCUAUCUUGGGCACCGGUUGUCUGCAAACGGCCUUGAGCCGGAGGCAACCAAGAUGGAGGUCAUACGAAAUUGGCCUCAACCAGCGAACGUACGCGAACUGCGUUCUUUUCUUGGUUUGGCUUCGUACUACCGGAAGUUUGUGCCAAAAUUUUCUGUCAUUGCUCACCCACUCUCAAGACUAACCAGUAAGAAUGUUGCCUAUGCGUGGUGUGAGAAGUGUGAGACUGCGUUCCAAGCCUUAAAAGAGGCAUUGGUGAGUCAUCCUGUGCUCCGCAUUGCGGAUCCCAACCUCACGUUCGUAGUCACUACGGACGCGAGCCAGUUUGGGAUUGGUGCAGUGCUGCAACAAGAUGAUGGUGUUGGUCUGCGUCCGCUCGAGUAUUAYAGCAAACGCAUGCCCAACCACAAGGUAGCYACUUCCACAUAUAUGCGUGAGCUCUACGCCCUGCGSGAGGCACUCGCACAUUGGAAGCACUACCUCUUGGGUCGUCACUUCAAGGUCUACUCAGAUCAUCAGACCUUGCAGUGGAUUCAGACACAAAUUGAUCUCUCUCCUACAUUGACCCGCUGGUUGCAUGAUAUUGAUGUCUAUAGCUUUGAGUUGAAACACAAGAAAGGUUGUUAUAACCGGGUUGCUGAUGCAUUGUCCCGCCAUCCUGAAUUCUUGACUUGCCUUGUGGGUUCGUAUGACCUCCGAAGGAAACUGAAGGAGGAUCUGGUCGAACACACCGCCAAGGAUCCGGACCUUAGUCCCAUCCUUGAGCAGCUCAAGGUUGACCCUAACAGUCAGCCAGAUUUUCAUGAAUGCGAGGGUCUUGUGUUCCGCCGGUAUGGGAAAUUUGAUCGUUUGUGUGUACCCAACCAUGCGCCUCUCCGAACUCAUUUCUUGGAUUUGGCACAUGGUCGGAGUGGACAUUUCAGCUUUGAGAAGACUUAUGGAAGUCUUCUGCAACAGUUUGAUUGGCCACGAAUGAAAGGAUCUGCUCAGAAAUUUAUUGCUGAAUGUCAGGUAUGUCAAAGAACCAAGGUCCACAGACAUAAGCCUUAUGGUCUGCUGAGACUCCUCCCUAUUCCUGAUGGACUCGGUGAGUCGAUUUCUAUCGACUUCACGGACAUGGGAAAGGUGAGUGAGGCUGGAAAUUCACAAUUCAUGGUUAUCGUGGACCGUUUUUCCAAAUUUACGAACUUGAUUUCUUUCCCUCCCCAUGCCCCGACUGAACCUGUCAUUAAAGAAUUCCAUCAGCAGUACAUUCUGCAGUUUGGCACCCCGAAAACUAUUGUGAGUGAUCGGGACACCAGAUUCAUUAGCAAAGAUUGGAAGGACUUCACCUCUCAGAUCUAUGACAUUAAACUGAACAAGACUUCUGGUCGACACCCCGAACCCAAUGGAUUGGCUGAGGAGAUCAACCAGACUGUCAUCCAACUACUUCGCGCAUUGAUUGUUCCAGAUCAGAACACGUGGGACAAGGAGUUGCACAAAGUAAAGGGACUGUAUAACAACUCCAUUCACUCUGCGACUGGCGUGACGCCAAACCAGUUGCAAUACGGAUGGCCGAUGCGUAAUCCCCUCUCCUAUCUGAUCCCCGAACGGUCACCUGGUCUGAUGCCUGGCAUGCCUGGCUACAAUGCCAAGUACGCACGCUUGCUCAAAGCUGUUAUUGCAGCCAUGAACAAGCGCCAGCAUGCCAUGAUCAAACAUGCUAACAAGUUGCGCAAAGAAGAAAAAUUCAAAGUAGGGGAUUAUGUUUGGGUCAAAACAUCUGAGUUUUCUGACGAAGAGGGCAUAUCACGAAAGCUCCAUUGUACUAUGGCCCUUGGCAGAUUCUGAAGGUGAUUGGGGAUGAUUUUGGUCCUUCAUAUGUGAUUGACGCGC